AUUUUCUCAGUAAAAAAAUCACUUGUCAAAUGAUGAUGAUGCGGCUUGAUGCAUUAUAUAUUUACAUUUAAUCUAAUUAUUUUUACAUAUGGAUUAAUAAUAAGCCAUUGUUUAUAAAUAAAUAUUUUUUUAUAACGUCAAAUAGUUUGGUAGCUUUAAUAACGAUUCAGUGUUGUGGCAUUUUUUUUUCUUUCUCUUUGGUUUAUCAAGUUGAUUGUUGUGUUGAAAAAAAUAUAUAAUAAAUUAUACUCAUAAAUAAUAGAUAUCAAUAAUAAUUAAAAUUAAAAAAAAAACAAAGAUUGAUUUUUUAUAUACAAUGAUUAUUGAUAUUUAAUGUUGUUUAAUGAUUCAAAUAAAUUGGUAAAUGUUUAUUUUUACAAAAUGGAGUAGAUUGUUUAUAAGAAAAAAAAAAAAAAAUGGUGAUUGAAUUAUUUGGUGAAGGUAUCAAGAUGAAGAGGUGGUAUUGAGAGAUUUAUAUAUAUUUUUUUUUCACUGUUAUCUAGUAACUGACAUUAUUAUUAUUUAUCAACAAUAAUUGAUACUUUUAUUGAAAAAAAAAAAAGUAUUUUGCCAAAUAAAAAUAAAAAACAAUAUAAUUUGAUAAUAUAUAAUCUGAUGAAUAAAUAAAAUGAUGAUGGGUGAUCAAUUUCGUAAUAAGGUUGAGCAAUACUCACCAAAAUCAUCACCAAGAGGUGCACGUUCACCAGUUGUGUCGAGACAAGAUUCAACUGGUACAUUAAAAACAACAAUAUCACUUGGUAAAAAUCCAUCAAUUGUACAUUCUGGACCAUUUUAUUUGAUGAAAGAACCACCUGGUGAAAGUGAAUUGACUGGAGCAACCAACUUGAUGGCCUACUAUGGUCUUGAACAUUCAUACAGUAAAUUCAGUGGUAAAAAAUUAAAAGAAGCAAUUGGUAAUUUUUUACCAAGUCUUUGUGACAAAAAUGAAAAUCUUGCUCAUCAAGAAAACAGUUCUUUGAGAUCUGUUAUUGAUAAACCACCAAUUGGAGGAAAAGAAUUAUUGCCAUUAACUGGAAUGCAACUAUCAGGUUUUCGUUUACAUCCUGGACCUUUGCCUGAUCAAUAUAAAAAUGUCAAUCAAACACCACAAAGAAAACAUAAAAAUAAACAUAAAAAACAUAAACAUAAACCAGGUGAUUUACCAGUUGGUCAAGAAGUUGCUGUUACUGAUAUUAGUGGAUCUGAUACACAUGAGAAAAAACAUAAAAAACAAAAAAGACAUGAUGAAGAAAAAGAGGCUAGAAAAAAAAGGAAAAAGGAAAAAAAAAGAAAAAAGCAAAAACAUAGUCCUGAACAUUCGGGUGGUUUAACACCAUCACAACACUCAAAUUCGUGAUGGAUUUAUUAAUUUUAAUUAAAUGAAUUGAUUUAUUAAGGUGUCGUUUAUUAUUAUUAUUAAUUAAAAUAAAUAAAUAAAAUGAAAAACAA